GUUUAUUUAUUCUACUGAUUUUUGUUCAAUCCAUUGUGUUAUGAUAGAGAUGGGGCUUUAGCUUUUAUGGAAAUACUCAGUAAUUAUUUCCAAUUAAUUUUUAACACCAUAUAUACACUUAUAUUUUUUAUAAUUAAAUCAUAUUAAUCAAAGGAUGGUAUCGACUUCAUCUAAGAACCAGAAGGUUCAAACAUUCGGACGCAAGAAGCGCGCUGUAUGUGUCGCUUUAUGUACCAGCGGCACUGGAGUGGUCCGUGUAAAUGGAAGGCCUUUGGAUUUAUUAGAGCCGGUUACUCUACGCACAAAGGCUCUUGAGUCUCUUUAUAUAGUUGGUAAGAAGCGCUUGAGCAAGUUGGAUCUGAGGCUCCGUGUUCGUGGUGGUGGUUUUACAUCUCAGGUUUACGCAAUCAGGCAGGCUAUGUCCAAGGCUGUUGUCGCCUAUUAUCAGAAGUAUGUUGAUGAGGCCUCAAAGAAGAAGUUGGUGGACGAGCUCGUCAGCUACGACCGUUCACUCUUGAUCGCUGAUUCUCGCCGCUGCGAACCAAAGAAAUUCGGAGGUCCUGGCGCUCGUGCACGUUACCAGAAAUCUUAUCGUUAAUCUCUUUAUAAAUUGUCUAA